AUGCAUUUCCUUCAUAUCAUUCUAUUUUCUUCAUUAAUCACAUGGAUACAUGGAUGUGGGCCACUCCCAAUGGAUAUCAAUAAUGGCGUUCUACCUAUGCCUACAAGGAUUGUUCCAUCAGCACAAAUGCCAUUUCAUAACAACAAAAAUGCAGCGGUGAAAGCAUUUGAAUUCCUCUGCAGCCAGUAUCCGUUAAUUUGCCAGUCUUAUCAUUUCGAUGAUAAAGAAGGAAGUAAAUAA